GUACUGUGCUUUUUUCUGUUCGCUAGAUUUUUUUUUACUGCUGUGUCCUCUUCACUUGCCUAGAGGUACUGUGCUUUCUUCUUUGGGCCUAGUGAUUUAAUGCCUCAAGCGACUUUACCCAAGAGCUCACACACAGACAUAGUAAACAGAGGCCCUGACCUCACCCAUGAGCAAUGGGAUGGGCUAGUGCCAAAAUGGUGACAGAAUAUUUGGGUACAGCAUAGGCUCCGCUCCCCUCCACUCUCUACACAUACCAUUCAGCAUUGGCUCCGCUCCCCUCCACUCUCUAGCAAGGAUUCGAACUGUGAGGGGCGACGCAACAGAAGACCAGGGAAAAAGAAGGGUCAAGGAUACUGGGGGAACAAGGAACAGGGGGAAAGGAAGGGAUAAGGGUACUGCGAGAUGAACGGGGAUUGUGAGAACUGUGCUUUCUGGAGGGAUCAUUACUAUUGGGAACACAUGGGUGACGAGAAGAAGCAAUUUUCUGCUGUAGCCAAGGGUGAUUUCAAGAACAGCAUCCGUAUACCACGAGAACUUUCAACCCAUUUGAGGAGUAGGAUCUCCGACACCAUUAAACUCGACACUCCUAAUGGUAGGACAUAUGAUGUUGUGGUGACCUGGGAGUUCGGCGAGCUAGUUCUUCGGUCUGGCUGGGAUGCAUUUGUUACUGCACACCAUAUAGAAGAAAAUGACACAUUCUUGUUCAUCUACCAUGGGAACUCCAACUUUGAGAUUCAUAUAUUUAAUUCACGCAGUUGCGAGAAGAUGGCUUCCUGCUUUCAACCACCUUCAGAGAUCUUUGGAGCCUUUCCUCCCAGUGAGCCUUGUGAUCAUCAUGUGCUGAAUGCUGAACCUAAUCCAAGACAUGUUCAGACGCAAGUUGAGUUUGACUAUACCAUGUCAACUGGAUGCUAUCUAACCAAAUCACAAGAUGAGAAAGUUGUAGAAAUAGCCCGCAAAAUAAGGUCUGAGAUUCCUUUGUAUGUGGCAAUCAUGAAGAAACUUAAUGUCAACGUGAAGGACUGCUCUAUCAACAUACCAUUGAGGCUUGUGAGCCAUUUAAAAGAGGAGGCAGGUAGUGCUAUUAUCAAACUAGAAGCCCCUGGUGGUAACAUAUACAAUGUUCGAGCUAGCAAGCACAGCGAGGAUCAAGUUGUCCUCCAAUCUGAUUGGGAUGCUUUUGUAGCUGCUAAUCACAUACAGUUGAACGACCUCCUCAUUUUCCAUAGCAAGGGAAAAACUAGUCUCAAAGUUCUCGCACUGGACCCAAGUGGCUGUGAGAAAAACUCAUCAUGCUUCGACACAAAAAAAAUCUCCAAGACUGGUGAAGGUUCAGUUCAGAUUACUGAUGCACGCCCUUGUACAGUUGAAAUUAUUGAUCUGACCAGCUCUGACGAUGAUCACACUGAGAGAGAAGAUGCUGGAAGAUCAUCUGGGAGGCGGAAGCAGGUACCAGGUUCUCAUGCAAAAGCUCGGAAGAUGGCUUCGGCGUCAUCCCCAUCUACAAAAUCAGGAUCUGAUACUCACAAGCUGAAACAUCCCAUCUCCAACAAUGACAAUCUUCAGGGGCCUUCUAGGCCUCCCUAUAUUUUAGCUAGAGGGGUAACUCUAACCGGCCGUGUGGAGAAGAAAGUUCAGGAGAAAGUCCAAGCAAUUGGAUCUGAACUUCCUAUCUAUGUGGCAGUGAUGACCAAAAGCUGUGUUGGUGGCAACCUCUUUUCUCUGGAAUUCUGCGCGGAAUAUGCUUCAACUCUUCCAAGCAGAGAUCAAACUCUCAUACUUGAGCUGGAGGACAAGGAUUGGCACACGACAUUACACAUCAAAGGAAGUAGGAAGAUCAUUUACAGAGGCUGGUCAAAGUUUGCCUGUGACAAUAACCUGCAGCUGGGAGAUAUCUGCCUCUUCAAAAUGGCAGAGCGGCGCACGAGAGGCCUUGCGAUGAGGGUCCAUUUCAUUUGCAAGUCGGGCGUAUUUCUGUAGCUCAAGCAUCCAAGUCUAGACUCCCUCCCUGUUGUUCCUAUUGACUAGUACCACUAGAACUACCUAUGGUCUGUAUGGCUUUUAACUCUCUGAUACCCUGCCAUGAGAGAGUCCACUGCUGAACGACUUUAUGUGCGCCCGUUUAGGCUGCUGGGUGUUUGCUCAAUGACUUUCUAGUAUCGAACUUGAGAGGAAAUAUUGAACUCUACUUCUGCCUCUAA